GCCGGCCGGGGACAGGAAGCGCGGGCUAGUCCCGCCGCCGACUCGCUCUGGCGGCGGCGGCGGCGUGCCGGGGGUUGUUGCCGGAGAGCCUCCCGGACGGGCCGCCGGCACUGUGGCUUCGUGGCUGUCUCCGCCCGUCCUCUAGGGGGAGCUGAUCUGCCGGGAGGCCAUGCCCGCCGUCAGCCUGUUGCCGCUCUUUGGCAGCCCCACGGGCCCGGGCGCUUUGGGCGGCUCUUUAGGCGGGGGUCCCUUGGGCGGGCCGGGGGGUAGGAAGGUCCCGAGCCCCAGCGGCGCCUUCCGCCUGACGGAGAAGUUCGUGCUGCUGCUGGUCUUCAGCGCCUUCAUCACGCUCUGCUUCGGGGCCAUCUUCUUCCUGCCCGACUCGCCCAAGCUCCUCAGCGGCGUCUUCUUCCACUCGUCUACCCUCCAGCAGCAGCCGUCGCCGCCCGCGCAGGGGGACCAGCGCGCGCCGCAGCCACCGGGAGCGGGAGCGGGCAGCAGCGCCGGUUAUGGGGUCGGGCCCGGAUCUGCAGGAGAAGCGGCGGAGAACUUGGCCAAGAUCCGCGAGGACCACGAACGAGCAUUGCGGGAGGCGAAGGAAACUCUGCAGAAGCUGCCGGAGGAGAUCCGCAGGGACAUCCACCAGGACAAGGCGAAGUUUCUUCUCCAGGACAAGUUGGGCAGGAAGGAGGCGGGGGGCGCCGAGUUGCCUGACUUGCCAUUCCGCAAACCCAUCGGAGCCGUGGGAGCGGAACCGUCAGACCCCGUCAUCCGGCAGAAAAGAGCGAAGAUCAAAGAGAUGAUGAAACAUGCCUGGGAUAAUUAUAAACAUUACGCAUGGGGAUUAAAUGAACUGAAACCCAUAUCGAAACAAGGACACUCAAGCAAUUUAUUUGGUAAUAUUCAAGGAGCAACAAUUGUCGAUGCCUUGGAUACUUUGUAUAUCAUGGAAAUGAAAGAUGAAUUCAAAGAAGCCAAAGAAUGGGUGGAGAAAAAUCUAGAUUUCAAUGUGAAUGCUGAAGUCUCUGUUUUCGAAGUGAAUAUCCGUUUUGUUGGUGGGCUGCUUUCAGCAUACUGUCUUUCUGGAGAAGAGAUAUUUCGUAAAAAAGCAGUGGAACUUGGAGAGAAGUUGCUUCCAGCCUUUAACACUCCCACAGGAAUUCCUUGGGCAUUGCUAAAUAUCAAAAGUGGCAUUGGUCGAAACUGGCCCUGGGCUUCAGGAGGAAGCAGUAUUUUGGCAGAAUUUGGAACAUUGCAUUUGGAAUUUAUACAUCUAAGCCAUUUGUCUGGAAAUCCAGUGUUUGCUGAAAAGGUUAUGAACAUUCGAAAAGUUUUAAAUCAACUGGAUAAACCAGAAGGUCUUUACCCUAAUUACCUAAAUCCAAACAGUGGUCAAUGGGGUCAACAUCAUGUCUCCAUUGGAGGGCUUGGAGAUAGCUUUUAUGAAUACUUGCUUAAGGCAUGGCUGAUGUCAGAUAAGACAGAUGAGGAAGGCAAGCAAAUGUAUUAUGAUGCUGUUCAGUCCAUAGAGACCCAUCUGAUCAGGAAAUCUAGCACUGGUUUGAUGUAUAUUGCUGAGUGGAAGGGUGGCCUGCUUGAACACAAAAUGGGCCACCUCACUUGUUUUGCUGGAGGGAUGUUUGUUCUGGGUGCAGAUGGAGCACCAGAUGAUAAAACUGGACGACACAUUGAACUUGGUGCCGAAAUUGCCCGUACAUGUCAUGAGUCUUAUGAUCGCACAAGCAUGAAGCUGGGACCAGAAGCUUUUAGGUUUGAUGGUGGAGUUGAGGCAAUUGCUACCAGACAGAAUGAAAAAUACUAUAUUUUGCGGCCCGAAGUUAUAGAAACCUACAUGUAUAUGUGGCGAUUCACUCAUGACCCAAAGUACCGGCAGUGGGGCUGGGAAGCUGUUGAGGUGAUGCAAGCAGUAUGUCCUGGGGAUUCAAAGCACUACAAAAAUUAUGAUUAAGAACUUGCACUAGCUUGAACAUCAAGCCAGUUCCUUAGCUCUUUAGCCCAGGAAUUGGGUGAGGCUGAGCAGUAGCAAGUGUGCUUCAUGUGCUUCAUGCUUCAUGCCAUGCGCUUAUCACUUUUACUCUGAAUCAGCUCUAAUCAGCAACCCAAGAAUAUGUUUGUUAUUGUGAGAUCUGAAUUUGAGAUUCGGACUUAUUUACAGGUUAAACAAUUGAGUUUAAUCCUGCAGUCAACCAGCUUCACUUGUGUGACCUGAAAACUAAGUCCUUGUGUAGUGUUAUAAUUAGUGUUCCGAUAUUACACAUUUAUCCAAUGCUUGUUACAUUAUUAAUAUGUGUUAAUGUUAAAUAUUAAUAAAAUUAAUAUUGUUAAAGAAGUUGUAACUAUAAUUCUGACUUGUUGCAACAGUACCACAGCUGUUUUGGCUUUUUAUUUUUUUCAGUGAUCAGAUUAAACCAGCUUGCUAGUCAGUUUUGCCAUCAACCUUUGGACAGCUACCAGUUCCCCCUUCCAGGUUCCAUAGCAGCUCCUUGGAGAGGCUGCCACAGGCUGCCCAUUUAUUUAUGUGCACUCAGAAAAGUGCAUACACACACACACACAUUUGUUUAUACCUUUUUGUCCAAAUAUGCUCCAUUCACAGAAGCACACAUAGGAAGAGUAUUAUUAUUAUUAUUAUUAUUAUUAUUAUUAUUAUUAUUAUUAUUAUUACAUUUCUAAGCCUCUGCUGUGAGACCCCAUGGAGUGAGGGUUCUCACUGGCCAGAGGCAGCAGGUACCGUGUUCCCUGUACCAUGUUCAGCAGAGACUUGAGAACCUUUUUUUUACUUCCUCCACCCUGGGUUUGUAAAAUCCAGUUGGUCAGGAGCGACCUAAACCAUGAAAGUAUUUCAGCUGAGAAGAAUUUGUUUGGAAGAUAAGUUUCCCUCUUAGCAAGAUCCUUAUAUUUUCAAGUGGGCUUCCACUUAAUUUAGUGCCCACAGGGAGGCACUAAAUUUUAUACUUUUCCCUGACCCUCUAGGGGCUUGGCUUAGAAGAAUGUAAAAGUGACCCCCCCCCCCACACACACACACUUUUUUUAAAGGGAAACAAAAUCUGACUGGUGACUAUCAAAAUCUGUAUUCCUUUAAAACCGGGGUUCUUGGGGAUUUGUACUUGGAAGAACAAGUGCAAAAGAAACCCUGCUAUGCAGUAGUGCUUCAAACUGGACAAUCCAGAUUAACUACCAGAAUUUGACAAUCUUUACAAAAAAAAUAACCACACACUUCUUAAACUUCUACUAACAAUUUCUUAAGUGAGUGUGAUGAGCAGAUCACUUCUCACUUUCCUUUUCAUUAUCAAACUGAACAGAAAUCUGGUUUGCGGAAGAGUAUAAAUCAAUAUAGCCUUCUGCAAGAGCAGUGGGAAAAGCAUCUGCCCAUGUAAAGAGUUGGAUCUGAAAACUGAAACUUCCAUGCCUUUCUUCCCAUUCUGAAAAGCUUCUGACUUGGCCACCCUGAGGAUGGCUCUUGCUGCUUGAGUCAAGAAGCUCUUCCUGCAUCUGCUGAGCCUCCCACACUGAAAAAUCAUCCUCCUUUUCCAAGGUGGGAAGAUUCUUAUACUCUGCCUGAGAAACUUCACUAAAUAACUUUGAAACUGUCAACAGCCCCAUCCCUCUUGCUCUCCACCACCACCUCCGAAUCUGACAAAUCCAUCUGAGCAGACUAUAAUGUGCAAGAGGUGGGCCCCCUCUCUACCAUGAGAAUACAGGAACCAAAAUGGUGCAUCUCCUUUAAAAAGCCAAUUGAUGACUGUACAAGAGAGACACUUUGCUUCUCCUAUUAGGUCUUUACGUAGAACUACAUCUGUAGUAAUUAAUUUUCUACAAUUCUCUCUUAAAUUAAUAAGGCCAUUAUAGGCAAUGCCAAUAAAGCCCUAGAGAGGACUUUCCCUAUAAAAUUGCCAGUACAGCCUCAAUAUAUGUAUUGACUCUUUUAAUAGCUUUAGUUUGUAUCAUAUGUGUCUUGUGACCAUCGCAGAACCACUAGUAGGAUGCUGGCAACAUUCCUGUUAUAAUUUGUUUUGGAGUUAAUUCUUCUUAUGUUCCCAUAAGCAAUAGAAUUUAACAUGGCUGCAUAAUAAAAUGUUACAUUAGGAACUCAUAAUCCCAUUUUCAUAGGAUUCUUUUCUGAAAUGCUUUCCUCUACCCUUGACAUUUUGGUUUUCCAAAUACACCUCAGCCAUAUGUUCUGCCAGCUUCUCAAACUGUCAGCUAAGAAUCUUUCAACAGAAACAUUUUUGAAAAGGAAAGGCAAUCUAGAUGAGAUUCAUUUUUAUACAGAUUAUUCCAGCCACAAAACACUAACUUAGACCAUAUAGGUAGCUACUCUCUUAUUAGAUAUUGGUAAUUUAAUGUUAAUAGAUCCACUAGAGACAGAUUAAUCUCUGAAUGUCUUCGUGAUUUACUGAACAAUUGUAUAAUACACUGUGAUUUUUUAAAAAGUCCUUUGUUUCUUCCAGUAGACACAUACCAACAUACUUUAUAUCAUGAAAUUGUUCUAUAUGCUAAUAUCUUUUUGAAUGACUGCCUCCAGAACUGAAAUUUUCAGUUUUAUUAGCAAUAACUUUGUCAGCUGCAUCCAAACUGAUUUUACAUCCAUUGUCUCCUGUCCUGACUCAUCUUCUAUCCUCUGAUCUUCUUAAUAACACAUUACAAAUGCAACACUGAGGGAAACGAGCCUUUCUCAUACCUGCUCUGUAGUUUCAGAAAUCCUGAUGCCUGAUAAUAGGUGCUCACAGUAUUUGAUAAUAAAACUUCAACAUAAUUCAUGUCUCCCCAAAAUUAAAUUCUUCUUGGAUUUUAAAUUUAAAAAAAUAACUUCACCUUAACAUUUAAAAAAAAACAUCUAAAAAGGCAAUAUCUUUUUCCCCACUCUCCCUUUCCUUCUGGUACCAAUUGCUAAGGUGUUAAUUGCUUCUCUUGCAUUGUCUGGAAGUAGUUUCCCUCUUAUGAAAUGUUUCUGAUCAUAUUUUGCUAUAACUGUUCAAAGUUUUUGUUAGUAUUGCAGCUAAAAUCUUAGAGCCCUUAUUAUGAAGAAAGAUCGGUACAACAUUCUGAAGAAGCUAACCUUACUUUCCUUCUGUGCCAAGGCAAUAUUAGCCUCUUCCUGUGAAUCUAGUAUUUUACGCGACCUUAAAUCUUAAUUAGGAGCCUUACAAUGCAACGGGAAUAAGUACUGUUGAGUUCAGUAGUUCUUACACAGUUAACUGUGAAUAGGACUCUAGCCUUAAUGGCAUUAUGAACGGAUCUUUAAAAAUCUUACAAAUUUGAAGAAGUCCAUCUCUUUCUGGAAACUUAUUUGUAUUUAAUGAUCUCAUUAGGGCUUGAACCUCUUGGACUUCUUUUCAGGAUUUAGUUCAUUUCUGUCUUCCUCAGUUAGUGAAAUGACAUUUAACUUAACUAAAAGUUAUUUAAUUCUUCAUAGAUCUGGUUUGAGUGACAUAAGUAAACUUUUAUAGUAAGACACAAAUUAUUCCCAAGGUUCAUGACUGUUCACCACCAUUCAGUUUCUAAGAAAAUUGUUGAGUUUUCCACAGGAUCAUGAUUGAUUGAUUGAUUGAUAUCCUGCCUUUUUCCUACAAAGGGCUCAAGGCAGCUUACAUCUCCUCCUCCAUCUUAUCCCCACAACAGCAACCCUGUGAGGUAGGUUGG